GGGCUCUAAGCGACCUUCAUGCUGCCUCUUCGCAGCGAUCCCUCUACAAUGCCGAAAAAAUUUGGCACCAACACGAAGUCAGCCGAAGCUCGCGCUAAAAAGGAAGCCGUCAAGAUAGCUGACAAGGAGAAGAAAAUAAGAGAAGCCGAGGAAGCCCUCUGGGCGGACGAUGACAAGCACAUAGCCAGGAAACAACAAAGGAAGGAGGAGAGAGACAAGAAGAAAACAGAGCAGCUCGAGAAGAAGGCGGCACUAAAGCAGAUGUACGAUGAAGAGAUGAACAGCAUCAAGUCUAUGAAAGCACGAGUUGAGAAAGUCACAAGAGCAGACAUUGCAGCCUUAGCCGAAAGGCAACAGAAGGCACUAAAAGACCCGCAGGAGGUGCUGCUGCAUGAGAAGCCCUUAGAAGAAAAUAUCAACCGAGUCUUUGUCGAAAAUGAAGCACGGACGGUUGAUGAAGCAAUUGCUGUGCUAAGCGUGAAUGAUGCACCAGUGGACAGGCAUCCCGAGAGGAGGGCCAAGGUUGCCUAUGACGCCUUUGAAAAGGCGAAGCUUCCCGAACUGAAGGCCGAGAACCCGAACCUGCGGCUCUCCCAGCUAAAACAGAUGAUCCGCAAGGACUGGAUGAAGUCUCCCGAGAAUCCCCUCAACCAGAUACAGGCUGCCUGCAAGUUCUGACAGCAGUAUCGGCCACAUCCCUCAGUUGCACUUAGCUUGUCUGGAUGAAAGUGCAUGGUUCUUUUCUUCUCGCUGAAUAGGUGCAAGUUGCUCAGCGGCGAAACCGGUCCCGCUGAGAUGAUGUCAUCAGUGUCGUGAUUCAGUCGUUGGAUGCUGGGAUUUCUUAAGCACUUUCUCAGAACAGCAGUGUCAAACUUAAGCACAGUUGUUUUAGUCUGAAAACUUUCAUUUCUUUACACUGAUGAAUUUGCCUUCUGUUGUGGUUGUUGCACUGAAACUUCAGUGAGUGAAGGUAGUGCCCGCUCACACUUAUUAAGUUAUCUUGAUAGCGAAACUUAUAAAACCGAACAUGAUGGUUAUGCUGGGGUUAUGCUUGAAUUAGGCAAUAUACAAAAUCUGCUGUAGAGAAGCAAAAAGCACUGUGACUGGAUUCAAGUGGAGCUUAUAGUGCUACUAGUAACUCUAGGAUUUCGUCAACCUAUCCAUUAACAGUAGAAUUAAGAGAGAGCAAUUCAUUGCAGAGCUAGGUUAUUUGAAGUAAUAAGUAGGAAAUGUAAGCCCAUUUUCAAAUUGACCAAUGAAAAGCCAGCUAUGCAGCUUUCUCUCCCUAUUGGCUUGUAGAACAUACUUUUGGGAAAUAGAACGAGAAGGUUUUCCACCACUCCUUGAAAGCCUGGCACCUAACUUAUGUGCACUUUUACUCUUGCUGUGUAAUUUACUUUACUGUGAUGACCUUGUCUUGCUUUAGUUAUGUACAGCAACUUUAAUGACGGUGGAAUCAGUUGUGCAAUGUGUUCACUGUUUAUAAAGUAUAAAUAUCUGAAGUGAUGUGUCUGGGAAAGAGAAGCAGCAGAUUUUCCAGCUGUUGCUUCAUUUUAGCCCUUCAUUGAAUGGAUGUGAUGGAGAUAAAUAAAGGCAUGAGCACCGUGUGCUUUCCUUGCAAAACAAGA